AUGGAUCUUCACCACCAGCUGCGGCGCAACCCGAAAUGGGCGCGCGACGGCUGCAAUAUUUGCGGAGAGAGGGGGCACCAGGCAGCCUCCUGUCCAAACGGCAACAUCAACUGGAGCGAGAGGUGGGGCACGCUGCGGAGCAAGGUGUUCCGGCUGGACCCACCGCUGUACUUUUCGGAGGAGGUGAAACGGCGGGCGAAGUACAUCGACGUGGAGCAGGUGGCGAAGAAGGCGCGGGUGUUCGUCGAGGAGCGCUUGCAGGACUCCAACUGGGACGGCCCGACCGAAGAGGAGGUGGCGAAGACCGCGGCAAAGUCCCUCGCCAUGUCGGAAGCAGACAUCGCGAAGCAGGCCGAGGAGCUAGGCGCGAAGGAGGAGGAGCGUAUCCAGAUCCUGGACGAGCUGAUCGAGCAGGAACGCGAGCGGAAGCGCGCACAUCGGGCGGAGAGAGCUGUGGAGGACGCUGCAGCUCCGACCACCCCUGCCGCGGCUGCCCCGACGCCGACCCCCGCCGCGGCGGCGCCCGCCGCGUACGGCGCGCCGGGACAGCAGGCUAUGCCCGCGCAAGGCGCUGCGCCGCAGCCAGUGCAGCAACAGCCACAGCCCAUGCAGCAGCAGCAGCUGCCGCCAGCGCCCACGCCUGCUGCUGCGCCGCCCGCGGAGCAGCCGCUGCCGGAGGGCUGGGCGGAGGCCAAGGCGCCGAACGGGAAGACGUACUACUACGAGAAGGCCACGCGGAAGACGCAGUGGACGCGGCCCACUGCAUAG